CGUCGAUAGCUGCGUUUGUUUGUGAUUUUCUCACGAGUUAGCGUAUACAAAUAAAUUGAAAAGCAUAUUUAUCACAGUUUUGUAAUGGCUCAGAAUGAAGAUACAGAACUCAGAGAUUUAGUAUUAGACGCCUUAGAAAAGAAUGGAUCCCUUGCCAAAAUUCGCGCUUUGUUGCGGGCUAACCUUUUUUUGGUUUUUGAAGAUGAAUGUCAUAUAAAACAAAAUGAGGCUCUAGAUAAAAUUCUUAACUUACCAGAAGGGAAACUAUGCUUUUCUAUAGUUCAUGAGUUUCUAGAAUUCUGUAAUCUUAGAAAUACUUUAUUUGUUUACAAAUCUGAAACGAGACAAGGCAAUGAAUACGAAUACCAGAAUGAAAAUAUCCUCAGAGAGAAAUUAUAUCUAUCAAAAUGUGACGACGUCAAGGAGCCGAUUUUACUUUCUCUUAUUAAAAGAACAUUGAAUUUGGAAGAAAAAAAUGAAUAUCAAAUAAAUGAUAAACACCAUAAUAGCCAAAACAAAAUAAAAAAAAAAUUUGGAACUGAAGAAAACUGUACUUAUACUGUUCAAGAAGAUUCGUGUGCAUCUAGUCAAUCUAACUCCGAUAAUUCCUCAGAAAAACUUGAUCUCAGAUUGCAACUUGAAAAUUCUGAUACAGAUACUUCAUCUUCAUCAAAAGGAAAAAGUUGCUCGGAAUACAUACCUAAUAAAAUAACAAAAAAAUCUGUAAACAUUAACAAAAUAAAUAUAAAAGAGCAAAAGAAUAAUAUAAAUGAAACUACAACUCAAAACAUAACUUCUUUUAAAUUUAACAAUGAAAGCAGUCAAAACUAUCUUCAAGACAUCAAAGUGGCUAACAAUAGCAGUGAUUCCACAUCAUAUGCAGAAUUAAAACCCUUUAACUCCAGAGACUCAAUACUUCUCAAUACAACCGGGUUACCUUUGAGCUUGGAGAAAGAAGUAAACCAAGUUUCUCCUCAACACAAUUCAAACUCCACAAGCUCUAAAAUAGAAACAUUGUCUUUAAACCAAACAUUGUCUAGCCGAUCAGAAAACAUAACGAAAUCAAAUAACCAGAAUUCCAGUAAAAACAGUAUUAAAAAAUCACCACAUCAUGAAAUAGAAAAUAAUCCUACAGAAUACAGCUAUGACUUUACUUCACCAUUAUCGGAUCGAAAAGAAAGCUCGGGAAGAAAUAUAAAAAAUCAGGAGAUUGUGAAUAAUGCCAUCAAGACGGAUACUCAUAGUCCUAAACAAAACUCAAUGAGUUCUCAAAGUUCAGUUUCCAUAUCUGAUGUUGCUGAUUUAAUAAGUGAGAACAACAGUAAAACAUACCAUCUCGAAAGGAUGUCGGUACAAUCCAAAACUUCUAACAGCAACAUAUAUAACAAGAGUCCGAGAGAGGGUAAGACAUUUAGUGAUGACUCGGGUGAUUUCUCGGAAUCUCCUAUACCAUCACUGUCUAAUCUCAGUUUGGACAUACAUAGUGAAUAGCUAUAGCUAAUACACAUUGUUAUUGAAUAUUAUUUAAAUAUUUCUUUACUAAUAUUACAUUAUUAACUAUUUUACCCGUGUUAAAUUCCUUAUGUAAAUGAUGAAUUAACACAUUUUAAAGCAUUUGCAUUGUAGUUGUAAGGCCUAGGAAGAUCAUGACAUUUUUUUCACUUGUGGUUACGAAAUUAAGAUGAAAAAAAUUAAAAUUGAAUUUAUGGAAUUUUAGAAUGAGAAUAAUCUAUGUUGAAAGAACCUAAAUUUAGACUAAUGGCCUUUACAAAAUCUAGCUUAGUUCAUAUUGGUAUAUAAGCCUAAUUUAUUCAUAUGUAAAAUAUGUUUUUUAAACUACAUCUCAAUAUUCUAAUAACUAUCUUUGGAAUAUAGAUAGUCUCUAAUUGUAGUUGAUUUUAUUUAUGCUAAUUAGAAAAAUAAAUAUUAACAAAAAAUAUUAUCUCAAAUAGCCAAUUAUUUUAUUAAUCUAUAUAUAUUUAAAUUUGUUCCUAUUAAAAAACUUUAUAUAAAUAGUUUUGAUUAGUAAAAAAAUUUUUUUCACAAAUGCCUCUCAUAUUUAUUAAAAAAAUAUAUAUAUUGUCUAGGUAAAUGUAUGUAUAACUAUCUUAUUAUAUUAAAGAGUAAUAAAAUUUGUGUUGUAAUGUAAGAUGUCUACUGAAAUACCAUGUCUUGUCAGUUCCGUGGUUUAUAUGCUGUUACAGAAAUAAAUCUUUAGUUGUAAAUUUUCAAAACACAUCUAGUAUUAGAAUUUAAUAUGUUUUGUGUUGCUACUGGUUGUGCCUUAAUUGAUUUAAGGAAAUUCUAAUAUUGUUCCUCUGAAAUUCAGUGAAAGCUAGUCCUAAGUUCUUGAGAACACCACAGUUCCGUCCAAAUUGCUCCAUAUUUAUUUUUGUUCUUAUACAACCUCUACUGGACUAUGUUAAAGUUUAAUUUCACUUUCCAAGCUUAUAAUAAAAAUCUGCUCUAUUAUGAGGGAUAUAGUAAGUAAAAUUAAAAAUUAAUAUAAGAUGGAAAGAGAAAGGUUGCAGUGAAAUGGCAAGGAGUCAUUGUGAUGUCCUCGUAACUAUAUAAUUAAUUUUAAAAUGCUUUGCUUUAUAUCUAUAAUCGACAUUAAAUAUUUGUGUCUAAUGGA